UGUCCAUUGCUAGCUUGUUGAUUCCCGUGGUUAACGCUUCUUAGGACUGAUAAUGUCCGAUCCGUCCCUCAAACCCCCUGCCAGUAACAAAACGAUGAGGCCACCACAAUUGGUGGCUCUUGGUGGAUCCGGCGGUGGCCUCCAAUUGCCCGUAACCGCGCCUCAGAAACUGAAUCCCAGCUCCAAUGGAUCCUCAUCAUCCUCCGCUUCGGGCUCGGCCACCGGCAAUCCCCGCAACAAGUGUGCCCUAAAGCCGGGCUACUCUCUCAUGAGCUGGAUAAGGCUGUGCAAUUCUGGAGCAGAUCUAUCGGGAACCGGAGGACGUGCGGUGCCCGUCUCCCGGCUAGAAUUGGCCCGGCACAACAAGGUCGACGACGCCUGGAUGGCGAUACGAGGUCGUGUGUUCAAUGUCACCCGCUACAUGGACUUCCAUCCGGGCGGAGUGGACGAACUCAUGCGGGGAGUUGGUAGCGAUGCAACCAAACUCUUUGACGAGGUGCACGCCUGGGUGAACUAUCCGCAAUUGCUGGGGAAAUGCUACGUGGGACCACUGAAGGAGAAUGAGACAAAACCACCGAAAGAUACUCCUCAGAUUACCAGUGUGAUUCUGAAGCCUCCAGAGAUUGUGCCUCGUUUCGAUUGGAUCCAGCAGAGGAGCGAACUUACCCUAAUCUUAUACACACGCAGCUUGGCCAAUCCGGGAUUGCUAGUCCGGCGAAAAGAUUCCCUGCAGCUGACUGUACGGGUUUUAAUCCAGCACAAUUGGCACACAUUUGACUUCCAGCUAACCAACAAGGUGGUGUGGCCUCCAAAGGCAGCGAAAAUCGGUGCAGAGACGGGAAAGAUUGAGUUGGUCCUGGGCAAGGAAGAGGCGGAACCUUGGCCGACAUAUGGCACCCAUGUAACCAGCAAAUUGGACUUCACUAGCGCACAAGAAGAAACCUACGAGUACGAAGUAACUUACAGCAAGGAUUUCAAUCACGAUUCCUUUGACUUCAGACUGCAAAGUGUUCAGCGGGAGGUACUUAUGGUACUGCCAGUGGGUUACCAUGUGGAUAUAGAAGUGCCGCUGGAAGGUGGAGCCAUUCAGCGAAGCUACACACCUGUGGAUCAGUCCUUCCUAAAUUUAGAAAAGGACUGCCCUUCUAGUUUAGAGUGCUUAAGCUUUCUGAUCAAAAGGUAUCCCAAUGGACCCGUUUCCUGUCACCUGCAUCAGCUCCAAGCUGGUUCCCGCGUCCAUUUGAGUCCGCCCCGUGGAACUUUCCAGCUCUCUGAACUCACUGCACAUAGAAACAUUCUACUGCUUGCAGCAGGAAGUGGUUUAACGCCCAUUUUAAGUCUAAUUCAACCAAUCCUGAAGAGAAAUACCAACCGAAUUGAAAGCUUGAAACUGAUGUACUUCAACAAAACCCAAGAGGACAUUUGGUUAAAGGAGAAACUAGAGGCAAUACACUCUCAGGACGAGAGAUUUAGAUGCACAAACUAUCUUUCCCAAGCGGAGGAUAGUCCUCAAAGGAUAUCUCUGGAGCUUUUAACCCCAAUGUUCCAGAAAAAGCAGCCGGAACGAUGUACUUAUGUGGCCAUAUGUGGUCCAAGUGGUUUCAACACCGCUGCCGUAGAUAUUUUAAAACAGCUGGAUGUUGACCCAAACCAAUUUCACGUCUUCCGCGGCUAAAUGAAAAAUGUAUUUCAUUGCGCACUUAAUCUUCAU